AUGACACCAAAGCUCGAAGCUAAAUACGGAAAAAGAAAUCCUACCAGUAGCAGACGCUCAUCAAUAAAAGUGACUCCAGCCAAACUGUAUUCAGGAACCAUCUCCAACAAGACUUUUAUUGAAGGUAAAAAUCUUGGUCAAGAUGUCAACGAUGAUACACUUUUAUAUUCGACAUUUCACACGGAAGUUAUUCUAUCUUGCUUCCCUACUCUACCAACAAGAGCAGAACACAAUUCUCCACAAGUGUCGUUAUGGUCCAAACUUCUGCUUUUGGUGGGUGUUGAUAUUCCUAAUAUCAGCUAUAUUUACCACAUUGGUAUUGCAGACUCUCUUUUAGAGUAUGUUCAACAAAGUGGUAGAACUGGCCGUAACGUUAAUUCGGUAUCCGAGGUUGCCUGUACCAUAUACACAACAACAGCAGCCUAUGAAUCACUGCGUCAACUUCGCUUGGGUUCUGCUAAGCUUAGUGACGAGCAAAGCGUAAGACGUAGUAUUCAGAGUGUGAUUAAUUAUUGCGAGCCCACAUAA